AUGGAACGUCUGGGGGUCUCGGUCAGCCUCACAUCAGGUUUUCACCCCGAGAGUAACGGGCAGGUGGAGAGAGUUAACCAGGAUGUGGGUAGAUUUCUGCGGUCCUAUUGCCAGGACCGGCCGGGGGAGUGGGCGACUUUCAUCCCCUGGGCAGAGAUGGCCCAUGACUUCCACUCCUUCACUAACCUAUCUCCUUUUCAGUGUGUACUAGGUUAUCAGCCGGUCCUGGCACCGUGGCAUCAGAGCCAGAUCGAGGCACCUGCGGUGGAUGAAUGGUUUUGGCGCUCGGAGGAGACAUGGGACGCUGCCCAUGUGCACCUGCAACGGGUCAUCAGGCGGCAGAAGGCGAGCGCCGACCGCCACCGCAGUGAGGCCCCGGUGUAUGCACCGGGGGAUCGGGUCUGGCUCUCGACCCGAAACCUGCCCCUUCGCCUGCUCUGCCGGAAGCUGGGCCGGUGGAGGCUGGUCCGCUCCAGGAGUCUGAUGUGCGGGAGGUUUCUCCGCCCCCUCUGGACAUUGAGGGGGCCCCGGUGUAUAAUGUUCGAGCCAUCAUGGACUCAAGGCGUCAGGCAAGGGGCCUUCAGUACCUCGUGGAGUGGGAGGGGUACGGUCCAGAGGAAAGAUGCUGGGUGCUGGUGGAGGACACCCAGGACCCUUCGUUACUGUGGGAAUUUCACUGUCUCCACCCGGAUCGUCCUGCGCCUCGUCCUCCGGGUCGUCCCCGAGGCCGGUGUCGGCGCACCGGGGGGGUACUGUCACGACUUCCGCAGAAGUUGGUGCCUCUCCUUGUUCGGGCGGUGA